AUGGCAACAAAGUUUUACCAGCACCCUCUGGCCUUGGCAUUUGCUGUAGACGAGAUCAACAGGAAUCCCAAGAUUUUACCCAAUGUCUCUCUCGGGUUCCACAUUUAUGAUAGCUACAAUAAUGAUAAAAUGACCUACCGUACUACUCUGGAUCUGCUCUACAAAUCACAUAGUUAUUUUCCCAACUAUGAAUGUGACACCCCAAAAAACCUAAUGGCCAUCAUAGGAGGACUUGGUUCUGAGACCUCCUUCCAAAUGGCAGACAUUCUAGCUCUCUACAAGAUCCCACAGCUCACGUAUGGAUCAUUUCCCCCCGUGGACAGGGACAACUCGAAGCUCCCUUCCUUUUACCGUAUGGUUCCCAAUGAAACCCAUCAGUUCUUAGGUCUUGUCCGGUUACUUCAGCAUUUUGAAUGGACGUGGGUUGGACUCUUGGCUGUGAGUGAUGACAGUGGAGAACAUUUCCUGCAGGAAAUGGUGGCAUUGCUUUCAAAAUAUGGAAUUUGUGAAGCCUUUGCAGAGACAAUUAUAAAACAAGGCGGCUGGGAGAGCAUACAAGAUAUUAUAGAUCUAUUUUCAAACAUUUAUCCAGCUUUAAUAGGUAACAAUGUCAAUACAAUUAUCCUCUAUGGAGAAACUUGGAGCAUGGUUCCACUGACCACAUUUCUACAUCUUGGGGAUCAUGAAUUGCUGAGAAAUACUUCAUUAAGAUGGGUGUGGGUUUUGACUGCCCAGGUUGAAUUUGCAUUAACAGGCCUUCAAAGAUUCUGGGGUAUUGAAUUCUUCCAGGGUACAAUCUUCUUGUCAAUUCACUCAAAGGAGCUUCCAGCAUUCCAGAAAUUUCUUAGAAACACAAAACCAUAUCAGGCACAGGGAGAUGGAUUUCUCCAGGAUUUCUGGGAACAAGCAUUUGUCUGCUCACUUCCAAAUACCGAGGAGAUAUCGAUGGUUGAUGGCACAUGUACUGGGGAAGAGAAGAUAGAGAGCCUUCCUGGGCCUUUCUUUGAAAUGCACAUGACCGGCCACAGCUACAGCAUCUAUAAUGCUGUCUAUGCCAUAGCACAUGCCCUGCAUGCCUUAUACCUAUCCCACUCCCAUCAGAAACUAAUUAUGAGUGGUGGCAAAAGAGAUGGCCUUAAGGAUCUCCAACCUUGGCAGCUUCACCCCUUUCUUCAACACGUGUCCUUUAACAACUCAGCAGAAGAAAGAGUAUCUUUUAAUGAUGAUAAGGAAGUGGAAGGGGGGUUUGAUGUCAUGAACUUGGUGACAUUCCACAACAGGUCCUAUAGCAGAGUGAAAAUUGGAAAGGUGGACCCUGAUGCUUUGGAAGGAAAAGAACUGAUAAUUGAUGAGGACAGAAUUCUGUGGCAGAGCCAUUUUAACCAGGUGGUUCCCCUUUCACUGUGCACUGACUACUGCCAUCCUGGGUCUCAGAAGCAAAAGAAGGAAGGAGAGAAAUUUUGCUGUUACGAUUGUGUUCCUUGCCCAGAUGGAAAAAUUGCAAACCAGAAAGAUAUGGAUGACUGUAUCAAAUGCCCAGAAGAUCAAUAUCCAAGCAAGGGCAAAGAUCAAUGUAUUCUCAAGUCAAUCACUUUUCUGUCCUUUGAAGAACCCUUAGGGAUCAGUUUAGCUUCACUUGCAGUUUUUUUCUCCAUAAUCACUAUGUUGGUGCUGGGAAUUUUUGUCAAGUGCAAGGAUACUCCCAUAGUCAAAGCCAACAACCGAAAUAUAACCUAUGCUCUACUCAUCUCUCUCUUGCUCUGUUUUGUUUCUUCUUUGCUAUUUCUUGGACAACCUACCAAGUUCACCUGUUACCUCCGACAAUCUGCUUUCGGCAUCAUCUUCUCAGUGGCUGUUUCUUGUGUUUUGGCCAAAACUAUCACCGUGGUUGUAGCUUUCAUGGCCACCAAACCAGGGUCCAGCAUGAGGAAAUGGACAGGGAAAAGACUGACCUACUCUAUUAUUUUUCUUUGCUUCCUUGUCCAAGCAACCAUUUGUAUGUUGUGGCUAGGAACAUCUCCUCCAUUCCCAGAUUUAGACAUGCAAUCAGUGACUACAAAGAUUGUAGCAGGGUGUAACGAAGGGUCUACCCUCAUGUUUUAUAGUGUUUUGGGCUACUUAGGACUUCUCUCUCUCAUCACCUUGACUGUGGCUUUCCUAGCCAGGAAGCUUCCAGACAGUUUCAAUGAAGCCAAGUUCAUCACCUUUAGCAUGCUGAUGUUUUGCAGCGUUUGGGUGUCUUUUGUUCCGACCUACCUGAGCACUAAAGGGAAAUCCAUGGUAGCCGUGGAGAUCUUCUCCAUCUUGGCCUCCAGUGCUGGGUUAUUGUGCUGUAUCUUUUCCCCCAAGUGCUACGUUAUUAUUCUGAGACCUGAGCUGAACAGAAGGGAACAGUUAAUUCGGAGAAAGAAUUAG